AUGCCUCUGAAAGGAAGGACAACAAUGAGAAGGCCUGCAAAUGAUGUCCUUGAGAAUGAGGUUCCCUCUCUGCCAGUUGCAUUCCCUAUGAACGCCAUUCUUAAGGCUUUAAGAGGCCUUCCUGGCCAACAGAUGGAUCCAGCUUCUCGGCAGAGUCACCACUUCCAGAUCUUCCAUCAGAUUCAAAUGCCUAAGUCUAAGGGUGGAAAGGAUUUCAUGAUUGCUGAAAGAUUGUCGAGGCAGAUAAAUAAGAGUUUAAACAUUAUGGGAACACUUAAGGAGUAUCGUGUUAAGAGAUGGUUCAAUCAAGGAGGAGGUUCUAGUGCAAGCAUAAGCCAUCCUGGUCAAGGAAAAGGGACAGCAAAGGAAAAAUCCUCUGGUCAACACUCUGCUAUUGGUGGUGAUGAUGUGCAAGGAGGAACAUGCCAGGGAGUUGUGGAUGGUAUGUUGAGUGUACCUAUGGGAGGGCAUGGUAAAGUAUCAACCAUCUGUAAAUCGCUUUGUAUUGUGUUCGAAGGGCAUAAGUUAUUAGGAAACCUAAUAGUGUUACCUAUGGGACAAUUUGAUGUGAUUCUUGGCAUGGAUUGGUUGUCUAAGUACCAAAUAAUUGUUGAUUUCUCACGUAAAAUGGUGAAUCUUUUAACUCUAAGUGGAGAUUUCGUUGUAUAUCGAGCCAACAUGAAUGCAGUAAGACAGAAUCAUAUCCUUAAGGCGUGUAUAGGUGGGGAAAGAAACUUAGAGUGUUACGGGAUUCUGUUUGCAAUUGAGGAUGAGUCUAGGUCUCUAGACAAGUUUCCUUGGAUAUCAGUGGUUAAUGGCUUUCUAGAUGUGUUUCCGGAGGAUUUGCCAGGACUACCACCUGAUAGACAGAUUGAGUUUUACAUUGAUUUGAUUCCCGGGACUCAACCAAUUUCUAUUGCACCUUAUCGCAUGGAACCUCUAGAGAUUGCUGAAUGGAAAGACCAAUUGGGUGAGCUAAUGGAUAAAUGUUAUAUUAGGAAUAGUACUACUACAUGGGGAGCUCCAGUUUUGUAUGCCAAGAAUGCUGAUGGAUCAUUGCGACUGUGCGUCGAUUAUCGGAAAUUGAAUCAAAUGAAAGUUAAGAACAAGUAUCCAUUGCCAAGGAUAUAUGAGUUAUUUGAUAAGCUCAUAUGUUCAACUUGUUUUUCCAAGAUUGACUUAAGGUCAAGCUAUCAUCAAUUGAGGAUUAAGGAAGAGGAUAUUCCUAAAACUACUUUCAGAACGCGUUAUGGACAACUUGAAUUUUUGUGGGAAAUACCAAAGAACGUUACUGAGAUUCUAAGUUUCCUUGGGUUAGAAGGUUACUAUCGUCUCUUUGUGGAGAAUUUUUCUGAAAUUGCUAUGCCUUUGACAAAGCUAACAAGAAAGGAUUUAAAGUUUGUGUGGGAUGACAGUUGUGAAGAAGCUUUCAAAGAACUUAAGCAAAGAUUGACUACGACGCCUGUUCUCACUGUGCCUAAUAGUGAUGAAUCGUAUAUGGUAUUCACUGAUGCUUGUGGUACUAGUUUAGGAGGAGUUAUUUUGCAAAAUGGCAAGUUUUUGCCUAUGAUUCAUGCCAAUUGA